CAACAACCACGCGUACUGGAUUCUCCCGUUUCGCCCGUUCCUGCGCCGAACCGGCCGUUUCUCCCCCGAGCGGCACUCGAACGCCUUCUUCACGUGGACGCCCCCCGAAGCAUGGCAGCCAGCAACGCGUCGCCGGCGUCCAGAAAGCGCGCCACACGCCCGGAUGCCGGCUCGUCCGCGGGCCCCGGUGAUGUGGCCCCGGAUGCGCCCACCACGCGGACGGGGCUCGCGUGUGAAGCGUGCAGGCUGCGCAAGACUCGCUGCGUUGGGUUCCCGACGUGUACGUGGUGCCAGCAGCGCCGGCAAACUUGCGUGCGAGGCCAGAACAGCCAGACGAGUCCUCUGGACGAAUGGGGCAAUCAGAUUCUCGACGCUCUCUCUCUAGCAAAGAAUGAGAUCCUCUCCGCAUCACGCGGGCCAGGCGAUUCCUCUAGCCAAUCGCCCAGCAAUGCCCCGGCCGCGAGACUGGACAUCGGCACGGAUCGGCAUUCCGUCCUGCCGAUCCAGCAGUGGAGUGCUAGGCUCCAAACCCGAGGCCAAGAUGGGUUCAUCGCAGUGCCAGGUGCAGAGUCUAUCCUGGAGUGGGAUGUACUGAGAGCUCAGCUGCCAAACCCACCCGAGGACCGCAUCCAUGCCAGGGACGCUUAUGAGCCGGAGAGAAGCAUCCAAUCCAAGGCCAGCGCCGACACAUCCAUCCAUAACCUCCAACGCUUGCGGCAACGCUUCGAGCGCAAGUUCCUCACUCGAUAUCCCGUCAUCACCAGACCUCGCCUCGCUCGCUACAUCCUUGACGUGGCUGAGAAUGGCGGCGACUGGACCGCCGAGUCCUGCCUCGUCUUUCUAGUCUGUGCUAUCGCUUCGUUAUGCGACUGUUUAGCCGUCGACGGAACUCCCCCGACCGCGCACUCUACUAUGCAUAGUCUCUUUUCAGCCGCCACGCCUAGUGCGCCUGCGUCACGCCAGUCCGCAUAUCAGUACUGGACCAUGGCGAAGCGGAGACUCGGCUGGGCGCUGGACACACCUGCCGGUCUCCUCACUGCGCAAUGUCUGUGUCUAGCGGGCUUUUGGCAUUUGCAGAACUGCGCGCCAACCAAGGCUCGCAACAUGUUCCACCGGGCUGCCGAGAGUGCGAGCAGCCAAGGGCUCGGUCCCAACAUGAUGGGUGAAGAGAGGGUGCUUGCGAGUUUUGUGCAUCUCCUCUGCACUGAUCUGUUCCAACGUCUAGAUAUUGAGCUGGGACUCUCUCCGCUUGGCGGCCGAGGGGUCGUUGACAGUGAGAUCCCUCCAGACUACUUGAGAGAUGCGCUCCUUGCCAGCCCGCCCAACAACGACCUUCUAGUCGGGGACUCCGUUCCCAGCAUAAUUGCAAAUCUACAACAGACACAUUCCAUCCGAAAAGAUGUCAACAAAAUCUUGACUUCCACGCCGUCAAUCUCCAGCUGGCACGAACUGUAUUCGCUGCUUGAUCAUGUUGCGGAUUGUAGAUCGCGACUGGACCAUCUGGCACACGCCAGCACGCCGCCCAAUAUAGAUCCCCAGCAGCCUCAGCCCGGACAAACACCCCCUGCUGCGGCAACCCAAGACAUUCGCCAGAGAGAGCUUGCAGCACUCGUAUUGCGCAUGUGCCUGCACCUCCACCUUUCGCCGCGCCUGCUGCAAAGCCUAAACUCCAGCGCUGGCUCAGCACUUCACUCGCACAAAUACAUCCUGGAUGAGGUGGCAGGUCUUGCGGGUGAGUGCAUCUCACUGACGGCCCAGGUCCUGCGGCUGCACCUUGACGAGUGGCAGCGCGAGGAUCUCUGGCCAAGCCAGCCAUCACCACCCCAACUUGCCACCGCCGAGCCAUCAUGUCACCAUCUCGAAGCGGAGCUGUCGCAUCGGUUCGCGUACGCGGGGUGCCUGGCGCUGCUGGCGGCGCAUUACGCCAAAGCGAGAGCUCUUCGUGGAGAGGUAGAGUAUGCCCACUGUCGUACGCUGACGAUGCCCGUCGAGUGGCGGGACCUAGUUCGGGGCCAUGCCAUGGUGUUGUUGUCGCAAGAGGAAGGGAGCAGCAUCUGGCGGUGCGGAAAGGUGCUCAGCGGCUUUGACAUGGGAUUCUGAUCUAUAUGAUAUGAUGGACUUGAAUUAUGUAUUUCAUAUUCCUCAGUAUAUGAAAACAAUAAAAUGAAAGACGAGGAUAAUGUGCUUGUCAAUUCGACAAGAACUCGGUAGAUUCUCCAAG